AUGAGGCAAGGGCAAUUAGGAUUACGUGCCCAGUUUCCUUGUUUCUACGUGUACUUUCCUGGCAUUGCCCCGCGCUGUCUGGGAGUGGCCCAAGGGUUACCUCUUCGUCUUUCCCUUCAUAUCAUCGCCAUUACUACAAAGGACAAAGCCAGUCGGGUAUUGGCGCAAGGCGUUCCACCUGGCGUGCCUAAAUUGUAUCGUUCCCUCGCAGAUCAUGUCGACGUCUCCCACUCUACCCUCGACCAUCGUGCACGAGGCCGUCACUUGAUAGAAGAGAAAGCCUAA